UGUACGAUUCACUCUAAUUGAACUAUAGGUGAGUUUUGGAUUGCCAACGUAGAAGAGAUGCCCAAAUCAUUACCUGUAAAUUGAAAACUUGCAAUUUCUAUAAGGAGUUCAAAAACGAGGAUUGAAAAUGCCUGAUGUACCAUUGAAGCGCAUUUUGUGGGCUUUGGUAGUAUUGGUUUUGACAGGACACUUUUGCAUUAAUACAGAUGCGAUUGACGAAAGUCACAAGGAUUAUUUGCGAAAUGGAAAUACUACGUUUGUGGACAGCAGUAACUCAUUCGACGCAUUCAGGGGUAAAAUGUUGGACCACGAGCCCAGAAAAGAGUGGAAAAGUGCCCUGUCCCGCAGAAAAAGGGACUUGCUGUUCCCCAGUGGAGUUAAACUUUGUUCACAUGAAACCGUGCAGCAGGCAGUACAAAAUCAUCUGAACUACUUCCAUCUAAGAGUGUGCCAGGAGACUGUGUGGGAGGCUUUUAAGAUCUUCUGGGAUCGUUUGCCAGAGAAAGACGAAUACCAGGUCUGGAUAAGAAGAUGUCUGAAUGGUAGUAUCAGUGUGUUAGACAUCGGCAAGAGCUUUAGCCAGUCAGCCGAGCACCUCACACUGGUUGAAAAGAGGUCAGGUAUGGCUUCAGUGACAACAAUAAGACAUCAGACGACGACGAUCUCACCAACACAAGCGAACGUGGCCACUACCCAGCAAGUUAGCGUUCUGCUUCCUGAAUCAGUAACAGACUCACUGGACAUUACAUCGCAGACCAUUGCGGGCCAAAUCCCAAUUACCACUAUAGGUGCAAAGCUUGAAAUCACAUUUGGAGUCACACCAGGGCCUGAUCUUACCACAGCCUUUGAGGACUCACCGGGGACCAAAGCAUCUACAGAGUCCACAAGUCAGGCCACAGAAAAACUUGAUGCGAGACCAGGCACUACUGAGGGAACGGUGAAGACAUACGAUUUUACCGUUCAACAUGUAGAGCCUGAUAGUCCAGAAGGCUCAGUACGGUUUGAGCCUGAACGUCUGACAACCUUUGAAGACUCGCCAGGGAUAAGCACUAAUGCUCCUACGCUAGUCGCCAGUGAAUCCCUUGAAGAUCUUAAUUUAGAAACUAAACUAGAGGUGGGGGAGGGUGCUACUGAAAGUCUUGAUACAACAGAGGAUUUUACCAUUAAAUAUUUACAAGUUCUUUCAUCAGAGGCAUCUGUACUCUUGACCACUGAGAUAUUUUUCAUUGACAUAGAUCUUUCCACAACCUUUGAGGAAGUGCUUAACCCACCAGAGAUGAGCUCUAUUGCACCUGGAGAAGAAAUUGUUUCAGAAACCGAACUCAAGGUGGUACAGGAUGCUACUAAAAGUCCUGUUAUAUCAGAUGUGACCAUUCAGGAAGAAGAGGUUGAUGUUGUUUCAGAAGUUACGUUGAUGGCCACUGACUCAACACUAGUCGAUUCUUCUUCAGAAAUAAUUUCGAUCGAUGUCUUACCAGAGAAGCCUAUAGCGAUGACUCCUACAAAUCUGGCAGAGGUUUCAUCUAAUGCUCUGACAAAUGAGGAUGUUGUUGAAAUGCUAUUAACUAAACUGCCUACAUUACGUGAGGUUGUUACAGAGGAUACAGGAGAAGGCCCACUAAAAGACACAUUUGUUACUAGGGAUGCUCUCAGUGAUAUUGCAGAUAAGGUUGUAGCUGAGGCAUCCCUAGUUACUGUUUCACAAAGUGUAUUUUCUGAAGAGGAGUAUUUGGUUGAUGACAUCACAGAGAUUCCAGAAGUUGUUGAAGUGACAGCUGGAGUCACAGGCAAAGUUAUAGAAGAAACUACUGAAGCUACAGCUGGCUUUUCUGAGGAUGAAGAGACACAUUCUACUGAGAGAUCCACACCUGUAGUUGAGGACAUAACUGCCAUUGAGAAACCUGGCAAGAUGACACCAGAAGUAACUUGGGUUACAGGUGAAGAUACAGUUACUGGCAACACACCUCGAGAUUUUGAGGAAGACACUAGUGAUGCUGUUGAACUGGAUGGAACUAAAGGUCAAAUCUCAGAGGAAUUACCCGAAGAAGGUACGAAGGUUGAAGGAACGUCACCAAAAAUGUCAACUGUAAGCACACCUGGUGUCACACUUGAUGCUGCUUUUGAGGAUGGAGCCCCUAAAAUUGACAUUGCAGAAUCUGUAACUGAAGACAUGAGAAAUGCACUAGACGAAGUAACCCCUGAACCUGGUUCCUGUGUUGAAGGGGCACACAGGAUUACGAAAGACACAAUGUCAGAUGUUACUGAGAUGGCAAAAGAUAUACUGACAACUGUCAAUGAUAUGGGUACAGAGGGUUAUGAAGUUACUGAACCAUCUGAGUUUCCUCAAGACACACACAAGGGUGUUGAGGAAGUCAUCAUGGUAGACCCUUUACCUCAAGUCGUCACAGAGACAUUUAAGGUUGUUACAGAAACCGCUGAUGUCAUUGCAGAGACAACGUCUGAAGAUAUACUUAGUGAAGUCAUUACCGAAACAACUGAGGUCACAUCUCAGACACCUGUGUUCACAUCUGAGCUUUUACCUGAAAUCAUUUCAGAGACACCUGAGACUUUACCAGAGAUGAAAACAGAAUCAUCUGAUGUCAUAUCCGACAUGCCUGUAGUCCAACCUGAAUUGAUGGAGGUUGAAAACCCUACACCCAACUUUAAAGUGGAGGACAUCACAGGUGUAGAAAACGUUGUGACAACUACCAUUCAGAAGACUUUUUCAACUACGUUACAAACCUCACCACUGGAUAUUUCCAAUGACAUUCUUAAUGAAAAUAAUGUGAUUGGUAAUGAAAUUGACGAUACAUUGGCCCGACCGAUUCGGCCCGUGGGAGACCAUAUGCUGGAGCUGAGUAUUAAACUGAAAGGAGAGACUUAUGAUUAUGCUCUACGAGAUCCAUCAAGUUUCUACUAUCAACGCUUAUCUGACCAGUUCAUUGAGAUGAUUGAAGACAUUUUUGAAAGGCUCCCAGGUUUCAAGAAGAUAUUUGUCCGUGAAUUCAGGCCACAAAAGGACAUUGAAGGAGGUCUAGCAGUGGCAGUGCACUACACUGUCGUUCUUGAGGGAGAUGGCGCAGGAAUAACUAACGAAACGAUGGAUUACAUCAAUCUGCAUUCCAAUAUGGUUGAAAACUCCUUCAAGGAUCCCGAAGAACUGCCUACUGUGGUCUACACCAUCACUGACUUCCGCAACUACAUCACCAAUGGCCUCCAAAAGAAAAAUUUCAUCGGAAACGCAACUCUAGAUGUGGACCCUGAUUCUCUGCAACUGGAAAGCGUGGAGACAUUGCCGCCUUCCAAACCAUCCAGCAGACCGCUUGACUCCAACGACAUGAUGGACAAUAUUCUUGCUUCAGAGAAACCACCAGAUGUUAACAAUGACAUCAUCACAAAAGAUGACUUCUUUGACCCCGUUCGCACUUUUGACGUACCCAGUGAAGGCACAGGUGUUAAUGAUGCCAUUGUCUUUGAGGAAAGCUCUACAAAAUCACCAGUAGACUUGUCUUUAAAGAACUUGGAUAUCACAUUUGCCUCUAAAUCCGAGAGCUCAAGCAGUGUGCCUGUUCCUGAUUCUGAAAAUGAUGAUCUUCUUGAAGAGGAGGGAUUCCUACAGGCUGCAACUAUGCCCAGUCUCAACAUAGAUAUUGCAGAUAAAGAUGCUUUACCUACAACAUCAAUACAGAAGACAGAUGACACACCGGUCUCCCCUGUAGACUCUCCAGGUCUGGAGGAGACAACACAUGGUGAAUUGACAGACCUUGGUUCAGGCUCGGGUUUCUCUGGGGAUGACCUUGGCAUUAACAUCUGGCCUUGGGUGUCUGAAACACCCCAUGAAGCCCAUGAAAAUGAUACUGAGGUGCACCAACCUAAGGAAGAUAUAGAGCGACCGCUUGAGCCUACUUACCAAGAUAUGGCCACAGAGGAACCAUUUUUGGACAGGAUUCCUGUGACUCUAGACAUUCUUACCAAUCCUCAGUACACAACAACAGACCAGGCCCCAGUGUUUUGGACUAUGGAGACUUUGACUGUAGAGCUUUCCAUGCAGACAGGAGUAGCCCCUGAACAAUAUAAUAAUCAUCUUCCAGAUGAAUCCACCACUAUGGGUACACAUGUGACCAGUCAACCCUUGCUACAUGUCUACACCACAGCAGAUCUUCAAAAUGUGGAUGAAUCAUCAAGUCCUACUACUAUUAUGAGUUCACCUGCUCAGAAGCACUCUAAAGACAGUUCUACAUCUACCGUGAUGCCACCAAGCACAGCAGUAGCCAUGGAGGUAACAGCAGAGUAUAGUCCUUCAACAGAAACCCAACAGAAUCGGGAAGAUUUGAGUACAUCAGUUGCAACAGUGGCCUCAACAACAAAGGUGAAUGAUUUCGCCUCCACCACCCAACUGGCUGCAAACCCAAGCCUUGAUGUUGUUUAUGGGGAAGGUACAAUCCCUAAUCCAAAACCUGGUUUUGAAGAUAUCACAGAGUUACCCACAGGCUUAUGCCCAGAGGUGGAAUGUUUAGAUGAAGUAAAGAUUCUCGAAGACUUGGGGGACAUCAAGGUUGAGCCUACAGAAAGCCCUGUGACUGAACUCUCAGAAGAGGUCUUAGUUGAGGAUGAGAUCAUAGUUGCAACAGUCACAUCAACAACUGUUACUGAGGGAAGUUUAGAUCAUUCCACAGCCCUCAUUCCUGAGAAGGAGUCUCCGUUUACACGUGUAUCACAUUCAAUCACAUCAAUAGAUAAGCAUGAACCUGCAUCAACUACAGAACCUCUUCACACUCAAACAUCUACGACUACAGAGGCUCCAAUCGAUCCUGUGCACACUACAAAUAACCUCACUACUGUAGAGGAGCUUAUUUUAUCAGAGAAAGUUGAAGAUGGGGACUCAACUGCAAUAUUUUAUUCAUCCACCACAACUGUCAUUUCAAAAAAUUCAGAAACGUCCAAGACAAACCUUAGUUCCACCUCUGUACCACCACUUUAUCAACCAACCUUUAGACCCACCGACCGGAUAGUUGAUGCGGCACAAACUUCCACCAAUGAAGUACAAGAAAACCAUGAAGAACAAAGAACGGAAAUCACAGGUUUCGUCCUGCCUUCUGAACCAGUGAACUCUGAUAGUACUACCGUUAACAUUCCUGUUCCAGUAAACUCCAACAUAACAGAAAUAGACCUUUCAUUUGACCUCUUCCCAUUUGAUGUGCCAGACCACAAUGAAGACAGUGGUAGUGGGUUUGCUCAUGGGAUGGACAUGCAAAGUAUUGCCUUACCAGCCAGUCCUGGCAGGGCACUGAUAGUGUUUUUCAGUCUCAGGGUCACCAACAUGAUGUUUUCAGAAGAUCUGUUCAACAAGAGCUCUACUGAAUAUAAGGCUCUUGAGCAGCGAUUUCUGGAGCUGCUUGUGCCAUAUCUACAGUCCAACCUCAGCAACUUCCGAAAUUUGGAGAUCUUGAACUUCAGGAAUGGCAGCAUUGUUGUGAACAGCAGGAUGAAGUUUGUGAAGCGUGUUCCCCAUGGUGUGACAACAGCCGUUUACCUGAUCCUAGAAGACUUCUGUAACACGGCCUACCAAACGAUGAAUCUUGCAAUAGACAAGUAUUUAUUGGACGUUGAAUCAGGCGAAAAGGCGGAUCCGUGUAAGUUCCAAGCGUGUAAUGAGUUCUCCAAGUGUUUGGUCAAUCGCUGGUCAGGUGAGGUGGAGUGCGUUUGUAACACCGGCUAUUUCAGCGUGGAUGGGUUGCCAUGUCAAAGCAUCUGUGAAAUACAAGAAGACUUCUGCCAAAAUGAUGGAAAGUGUGAUAUCAUACCUGGCAACGGUGCUAUCUGCAGAUGCCGUGUCGGUGAGAACUGGUGGUACCGCGGUGAGCACUGUGAGGAGUACGUGUCAGAGCCAAUGGUGGUUGGUAUUGCCAUUGCAUCGGUCGCAGGGUUUCUCCUUGUGGCUUCAGGCGUGAUCUUCUUCCUCGCCAGAACUCUUCGAGACCAAUAUGACACGGAUGAUUUAGAAGACCCUUUGCGGCAUGUAGACAGCGUGCCAUCUCUAGAGCGAGCCACUAAAUACAACCCCAUGUUUGAAAGUGAAGCAACAUUGGGCUAUAAUCAGUAUUACAGCCGUUACCCAGAAACCCUUGCCUACAGCGCCGGCAGCGCUGAGACCUCUACAGACUUCAGCAGCGAGGAAAUCAGACACAUUUAUGAGAACAGUGAAUUUACCAAAGAGGAAAUUCAGGAUCGUAUUCGAGUUAUCGAGCUCUACGCUAAGGACCGUCGGUUUGCCGAUUUUGUCCGACAGCACCAAGUGGCGCUCGAUGCAAGACGAGAAAGUUCCUCCAAUUAGAGCUGCAAACCAAGUUUUCGCUAAACCCAAGACACUUGCCUUUUUUCUUGAACGCAAGAAGUUGUCCUCUUUUGCCACGUUGGACUUUUGCAGGGAUAUAAUGUGUGAAGAUGUAAAUGGACUAAAAUUUUCAUUUAACAUUUUUGACGGAAUGAGCGAAUUGUGAUCUGAUGUAGUAAAAUUAAGUAUUUGUGUGUGGUCUUAAGGGUUAUGAAUAUGCUGUAUGUUUUGCAUGAGGUUUUAUUGUUUUCUGUUUGUACCGAUGGGCCGAUUUUUUUCUUGUUAUGGCCAUAUUCAUAGAUAUAUGUUAGCUACAUACAGUAUAUCAAUAUCACGUUAUCAGAUUAAAUCACAACACUAUAAGGACAAUAUUUGAAGAGUUUGGUUCCAAACUGAGAAAACUUUCAAAAAUCAUGUUUUUUAUUGUGCAUUCCAAUUAAUAUGAAUCAAACUGCAGUUGGUUUGUUUUGAUUAAAAGGCAUAAGAACUAAAAAAAUACAGCUAACUAACACAAUGAAAACAUGAUAACAAUAAAAACAUGAUUUUAGAUUUUUUUUUAAACUCUUCAUUUAUAGAUUCACAAGUUCCUCUCUUUUGUAAUGGAAAGCCUGUAUUUCAUAUGGUCUUUUUGUUUGUCAGUGCCUUGACUUGAUUGUUACUCUUUAUGUGGGACAUAAUCUGAUUUAUUAUGUUCUGAAACACGGACUGACUGAAGAGAGAACGUUUUGCAGUUUAACAAACACAGGGCAGAAUAUUUAAUAUUUCUGUCAUUUCAUUUGACGUUUGGAUAUUAAGGCUUAUUCUUUGCAAACACAUAUUUUCCUCAAGUUCGGUUUAUUUUGAUUUUCAGAUGUUUCUUUUAGAAAUGUGUUUUGUGUUUAGCAUCUAUUUCCUGCAGAUGUACAUUUUUCUACUUUUGUAAAACACUCGCCACACACAGAUAUUUUUAAUAUAUUUGAAUGUUAACAUCUGUCAUCACAACAGAUAUUUAUGCAUAUUUUUAAUAUCACUGCUGUCCACCAUUUUCAUUUUUUAGUGGUUACAGCACAGGUUCUGUUUUCUGAAUAAAGAAUAGUGCACAGUG